GUAUUCACUCCUGAGUCUGGCUGAGCACAUUACCGGUGCUCUCUGGUUCAGUCUUCACGCCUGUUCCCUGCGGUAAGUCUGAGUAUUUUUUUCUAUUUUUCAGAUGAAGAAACUGAGGCUCAGAGAGGUUCAGGAAUGCCCCCGAGGUCACACAGCUGGUGACAAACAACUCUCAGUGCCUUCAUCAAGCCGGCUGCUUCACAGCCACAUCUCUUGUGACAGCCUGGGAAAGACUCAGUUCUAAUUAAGGAGCGUCACACACCAUCCUUUCCGGAGGACAGUGGCAAAGACAGCUUCCCUCUGUCCUGCAUUGCGACCCUUCCUUUGAGGCCCUCCCCCACGAGGGACCCUGGAGUGUCACGAAGUUUAAUUACCCCACAACCCCUUUGGAUGGGAAAGGAAAUCGCUGUUAAGGUUGAUAAAGCUUCAUCGAGAGAUGUUAUCAGCGGUUUAAAGAUUGCUAACGAAGCAGGCUACUUUAUUUCCUGAAAAGACAAAUUAUAUGCAAGAAAAACCAACCCACCACGAGUGGUCCAUGUGGCCUGUGACUAUCUCGGGGUGAUGUCAGGCAUGCCCGGGUGGCCAUCGCCCAGUGGAAGUGAAGUCGGCCGUAGCAGGCCUUGAGGCCCCCAGGCCCCCCCCCCGUUGCCUUGUGAUCAAGCCUCCGUCUCGGGGAUUUUUCUUCAAAGUUCCUCCCCAAUUCUUCGUGAUUUCCUCCGGCCCAUCGCUGGGAGGCCCCAUCAGGAAAGCAGAAAUGGCGACCACGAGGAAAAGGAUUCUCAAACUGCUCACCCUCCUCAUCCUCUUCAUCUUCCUCACCUCCUUCUUGCUGAACUACUCCAACACCAUGGUGGCCACCCCCUGGUUCCCCAAGCAGAUGGUCCUCGAGCUCUCUGAGAACGUCAAGAGGCUGAUGCGGUAUCCCCACAGGCCCUGCACCUGCGCUCGCUGCAUCGGACAGCGGGAGGUCUCGUCCUGGUUCGACGAGAGGUUCAACCGGUCCAUGCAGCCGCUGCUGACAGCGCAGAACGCACUCCUGGAGGAAGACACCUAUAACUGGUGGCUGAGGCUCCAGCGGGAGAAGCAGCCCAACAACUUGAACGACACCAUCAAGGAGCUGUUCCGAGUGGUGCCCGGAAACGUGGACCCCCUGCUGGAGAAGAGGUCGGUGGGCUGCCGGCGCUGUGCCGUUGUAGGCAACUCGGGCAACCUGAAGGAGUCCUGGUACGGGCCGCAGAUAGACAGUCACGACUUCGUGCUGAGGAUGAACAAGGCCCCCACAGCGGGGUUUGAGGCCGACGUGGGGAGUAAGACCACCCACCAUCUGGUGUACCCUGAGAGCUUCCGGGAGCUGGCGGAGAACGUCAGCAUGGUCCUGGUCCCCUUCAAGACCACCGACCUGGAGUGGGUGGUCAGCGCCACCACCACGGGCACCAUCUCCCACACCUACGUUCCUGUGCCCGCGAAGAUCCAAGUGAAAAAGGAUAAGAUCCUGAUCUACCACCCGGCCUUCAUCAAGUACGUCUUCGACACCUGGCUGCAGGGCCAUGGGCGGUACCCGUCCACCGGCAUCCUCUCGGUCAUCUUCUCCCUGCACAUCUGUGAUGAGGUGGACUUGUAUGGCUUCGGGGCAGACAGCAGAGGGAACUGGCACCAUUACUGGGAGAACAACCCGUCGGCGGGGGCUUUUCGCAAGACCGGGGUGCACGAUGGGGACUUCGAGUCCAACGUGACGGCCACCUUGGCGUCCAUCGACAAGAUCCGGAUAUUCAAGGGAAGAUGACACUGCGAAGGGUUAAGGGCUGAUGCACCAGAGCGCGCCUCUCGAGGUCCAGCCCCAGCGUCUCGCCAGGGCCGUUCCGUCCCUGGAGCUCCGAGGGCCAGCCUUGAGGGUGCGCCCAGGUGCCUCUUGCAGCCUCUUGCACCCCAACAUUUGGCAGCAUCUACUCAGCAAGGUCGCCGAGCCCUGCCAGGGCUGCAGAGCAAUCUCAGAACUGGUCUCUGGGGGGGAGAAGCUCCUUGCUGCUGUCCCAGGGCCGGGGAAGGUGGGGAGACGGACGAGGAGAGGUCCAGUCUCCAAAUGCUGAGGUCAUUUUGGCUUCUGGGAAUCAGGGGGAGCAGAUACAGAGGACGCUCAUAUUCUAAAGGAAAGGAUGGCUUCCCAGGGAAGAUGGUCCAGGGCUGACACUCACACUGAUUCUCCCUGGGCUGUUUGUGAGUGAGGAUGACCUCCAGGACAGAGCCACGUCGGGCCACGUAGGCACUGGGGGCGAGGUGACACCUUUCUUUGCACGAUGCUUGGCCUGUGUCUCACUUGGCGUGACAACCCCGUCUCCCCUUUCUUCCCAAAGCUCAUUUAUGGCGGCCAGGGGAGGCUCCCCACCCCGAAGGUCUUCACCGACACUUGGCAAGGUGUCUCCGACUCCAGGAGUUAUCUUCUUCCCAAGCUGAUGUUCCCUUGAGUAAUGGAUCUUUGUGGUUAUAACAUGGCUGAAAGCAGA